AUGGCUUACUCUAGUGUUAGAGACAGCGAUAUGUCGUUCAGAGAGAGAUUGAGAUGUGGGUUUGCUGACAGUAAUGUCCACGAAGCUGUUGCUUUGUUCCAUCAGAUGGUUCGGUCUCGCCCCCUCCCUUCAAUUAUCGAUUUCAACAUGCUGUUGAGUGCCAUCGCCAAGAUGAAACGGUAUGAUGUUGUGAUUUCGCUUUUCAAAUCAAUGGAAUUGGUCGGGGUUUCACACAAUCUCUACACUUUGAGCAUUCUGAUCAACUGUUUCUGUCGCUCACGUCAAGCGGUCUUAGGAUUUUCGAUUUUUGGAAAGAUCAUGAAGUCGGGUUACGAGCCUAGCGCUGUCACAUUCAACACUCUGAUCAAUGGGUUCUGCAUCCUAGGUGAAGUUUCCGCAGCUUUAGACUUGAUGGAGCGAAUGGUGGAUGCAGGACUUCAGCCUGAUGUCGUAACAUUUAACACUGUCGUCAACGGAUUUUGUCUCAAGGGUAGAAUUCACGAGGCAGUAACUUUGACUGAGCGGAUGGUAGAGAAAGGCUGUCACCCCAAUACUCGUACAUAUAACACCAUUUUGAACGGUAUUUGCAAGCUAGGGGAUUCUGCUUUAGCUCUGGAUUUGAUCAAGAAGAUGGAGGAAAGGUGCACGGUGGUCACUGUCGUAACAUAUAAUACGAUUAUCGAUUGUCUUUGCAAAUCUGGGAACAUCGACAAUGCGUUGAACGUCUUUAGUAAGAUGGAUGAUCGAGGAGUUUUAUCAGAUGUCAUUACCUAUAACACUUUGGUUAAUGGCAUGUGUAGUUUAGGCAGAUGGAACGAUGCCUCGCGAUUACUGAAGGAUAUGAUGAGAAGAAAAAUCAUGCCAGAUGUAGUUACUUUCAACGGAUUAAUCGAUAAAUUCAUUAAAGAGGGGAUGUUUCUAGAGUCUAAAGAACUGUACGAACAGAUGCUCCAGAGAGGUUUGGUACCGGAUACGGUCACUUAUAAUUCUCUUAUUGAUGGGUUUUGCAUGCAGAAUCGUCUUGAUCAAGCAAGACAAGUGUUUGAUUCUAUGGUUACCAAGGAAUGUUUUCCAAAUGUAGUGACAUUUGGUGCUCUCAUAAAUGGAUACUGCAAGUCUGGUAGGGUUGAUAAGGGUCUCGAGCUCUUUAGUGAGAUGUCUCGAAGAGGGGUGACUGCUAAUAACAGAAUUUACAACUCUCUCAUUCAAGGAUUUUGCCAGGCAGGCAACAUUGAUGCUGCCCAGACACUUUUCUUCGAGAUGCAGCGUCGCGGUCCACAUCCUGAUCUAAUAACUCACAAUAUUUUGCUUGAUGGACUAUGUAAAAAUGGAAAACUGGAUGAAGCAUUGGAAUUGUGCAGCAAGAUGGAAAAGGAUGGGAUGAGCCUUGAUAUAGCUGUACACAAUAUUAUCAUUCAUGGCAUGUGCAAGGCGAAAAAGAUUGAUGAGGCAUUGCAGUUGUUUAAUCUGCUUUCGGAUAAAGGGGUGGAACCAAAUGUGAUAACAUAUAAUACGAUGAUUUCGGGACUCUGUCGGAGGGGUUUAUUUGGUGAAGCCGAGAAGUUAUUUAGUGAGAUGAAAGAGACUGGUUGUUUGCCGAAUGAUCGUACAUACAACACAUUGGUCCAGGGUUAUCUAAAUCACGGAUACACGUUAAAGGGUAUCAAACUUAUAAAAGAAAAGAAGAGAUGCGGGUUCUCUGCAGAUGCGUCAACGAUAAAGAUUGUAGUAGAUAUGGUAUGUGACGAUUUGGAUUUGGAUAUCAAAUGCGUUGAGACCUUCAAGGAGCUCCAAUCUGAUCGUUCUUUGGAUGAUUUGCAGACAGCCCGGUAA